AUGGCUUCGAAAUUCCCAUUGUUCCUGCUCCCAGUGAUAGCAUGGAUUCAAGUUCUAAAAUUGAUGACUCCAUUCGAAAUAAUAUCUUUGUCGCAAUGCAGCAAACGGAGUAAAAUAAUCUGUAAGUCACUCCGGACCCAACGGAAAUGUAAGGAGAAGGCAGUUAGAUUUCAGCUGAAGUUUUCAACGAUAAGAGAACUUCAGUUAGAAUUCAACUACUAUCCAAACAUUCAAUGGGUUUUCCCAUUGCUUCGGAGGAAUGAGAAGAACGGUGUAGCCGUCUCAAGAAUCACCGAAGAUGUGUUUGUACCUAAUUGGAUGCCAACAGAAGAGCCUGCUAUUAAUUCUAGCGAAAAUGGCACAAUGACAAAGAAAUAUCUGAGAUUAUACACAUCGAAGAAGUUUCAAUGGUUGAAUUUGAAACAGUUCAUCCAUUAUUUGUCUGAUAUAUUCCACGUGGAACUCACUGAUCUGGAACUUCACUUCCAGGAGUACACACGAAAAGAAAACAAGAAGAUAAUUGAUUUGUAUUGUCGUGGAGGAAACAAGAAAUGUGUGAAUAGAUUGAAUCUGGUUGGAAAGACAGUGAACACACUGGAAGAUGAUGAACUGAUCAGCAUCAUUCUUCGUCGUCAAGAGACAUUGAAAGAAUUGAAGCUCGACUUGAAGCCAUCGUAUCUGUUCUUGUAUCUCAGUGACUCCUGUCUCUUCAAAAUUCCAGACCUAUUACACAUUCGAAACUCCGAAUGGAUGAGUUGCAAACGAAUUUUAAGCGAUUGCAAUUCGUUUGCCAUCUGUAUGUUGGAUUCAAUCUUUACAACCAAGGAUUUGACAAAACUUAUGGUCGACUGGAGUUGGGGAAUAGAUCCAAAAUGGUCAUUGGCAAUGAUCGGAUGUGAUUUCGUGGAUAUCGAUGAAUGUUUUCAUCACGGAGAACUACUGGGAAGUGAUCCAAAACUUCAAGUGCAAAGAUCAGAAGAAACGACUGUGAGUUCAAAUGGAUGGACACGGAGAGUCAAGUACUUGCUUGAACGGCCCAAUAACGAUAUUGGAGAGUUUAUUGUAGAGAACAACAUGUUCCUAUACAUCCCGCCAGUCCGUCAAUUCAACACCGAAUGCGACAAAAACAUUAUGAAAUUUUUAUCGAUGAAGUCAGAAGAGGACACGACUCCCGUAUCGGACAUUGAUUUUGCACAGGAAUUCAAAGAGGUCACCGGAUCACAGAAGUCGUAUCAGACGUUGAGAGAGAGAUAUACUCUCGUGAAGAGACAAAUCUAUUUAUCGAAUGAAUACGACGAGCCGAGUCGAAUCAGAAUGUUAUAUGUGUCGGGUACGAAGUUACACGCGAGUAUUUUGAAUGAACUCCGUAAAAAUGCAUUCGUGGAAGUGGACGAUAAACAACGAAUAACAUAUUACAAAUCACAUGAUGGAAGUCUCGAAUUGGGUGGAGAAACAGAUGGAAACGAUGAAUAUCGAGUGAAAACGGUGAAACAAGAAGUAGUCGAUGAUAAUCCGAGAUGCUCGAAGAGAAGACGGAUAUCCAAACCGUGCUACAACCAGGAAGACGAUGACUUUGAUAAUGACACAUUGUACCAAUCGGACGACGAUGAAGACGAAAGUAAUAAGAGAUAUGAAGUCAAGAAUUGGGUCAACUCGAUAUCGACUCCAGCCAUCGGCACAGUCAAAACAGAGACAAGAUUCUCUGAACCCCCAACGUCGACGACUAUGACUCCACGACGCAUGAGAAUCGACGGAGGAGAGAUUCCAUUUUAUGAGGGACAGGGACCACUUGUACCAUCUCAGAUGACUCCAACUCAUCAUGGAAUGACAAGAUCUGAUGAACAAGAAUAUCGAAGAAUCUAUCAGUCGGAUCCACGUGAAUUUUCUGGAUUGAAGAAGUUUAUUGGAGGAGAGAAUCAGACGAAAGUUGGCGAAUCGUCGCGUCGUGUGAAUCCAAAUCCAGAAGUCGUUCAAGCGAAGAAGUACUUGGAAUGGCUUCGUAUGUUUUUGAUUUCGAUGGAUUCGCCAGCGGCGUUGAAAGAGAUUCAGAAGAAGGUGGAGGUCGCGUUGAAGGCGUGUGCGGAGGAAAAGAUUCUUCCCCUCACCAACAUCAUCUCAACUCUCCGUACGGGUGUCCAUAUCAUCACGAAACCAAUCGAAUCGACUGUUCCAUCCACAAGUGUCAAAGACUUUCUCCUCAAUCUUCAUACAACUCUUCUCACUUUAUCCUCUCCCAUUAUUUCCGCAUUUCAACACGAAAUCAAAACCGCCCGUGUCUCAUUCGGUGAUCAGGAUAAGCAAUUCCCAAUCGAUAGUAUUCGUCCGAUUCUCGAAACUUUACUUUUGUUGGCAUGA